AUGUCGUUCAGUAAUGGGAAUUUGGAGAAGGUGAAUUUGAACAAUGAGGAGUUGCAAAAAUUGCUGAAUAAAAUGUCUAGUGAUGAACGCAAGGAACUCACUGAUACUUUGAGUGCAUGCACGAGGGAGGUCACAAUGACUCGUGGGCUACCAAUCACAGCCGCUGUGCUUGGUUCGCUGUAUUUUGCUCGAACUCGUCUUCCACCUCAAUAUCAUUUCGGACCAAAAGGAUGGCCUUUCUAUGCCAUAAUGGGCAUUGGUACGCUGACCACUGUUAACGUACUAGCCAUGGGACAGUGCCGCGAACGUAUACAACCUUUCGUUGCCAAGAUGUGGCAAAAGUACAAUGUCGGUCACUCCUCAACCAGUUAUGACGAUAUUCGUCGCCGUCAUAGACAAGAAUCUGGAUUUACCGUUCCCGACGUUUCAGCUGGUGCUGCUCAACCGCGAAAAUUGGGAGAUCCAUACGCUGCAACUGAUCGCUCCUACAAAGAUCUAUACUCGAUGACUUCGGAAAAAGUGCCAUCGUUUGGCGAAAUGACCACAGACUACACGAAAAUGGAAAAUACCUUCGACUUGACUCCCAGCGACAGUUCAUCCGGUCAACAACCAAAAGCGAUGCCUCCACCAACUUAUAUGUUCGAUGAACCUCCUUCAUAUAUGUCCGGUACACCCACCACCCGUCGAACGUCGGAGUUUUCUUCCGAAUACUCUCGAUAA